UCAUCCCAUAAAUUCAUAUUCUAAAAAUACCCUUCCCCUGUUUUUUUUCCUUGUUCUACAAUGAAUAAUAAUACCAUCAAGAUCUCAGCUUCCCAUUUUCAUGGCCAGGACACCAAUAACCCACACUCACACUCCAGGCCAUCCAUAACAUUAUUUCUCAACAAUGCCUCACCCUUCCCGGAAACACCCUCUUCGUCGCUUCAGCCUCAGGCGCCGCACCGCUCUCAAGCGUCGUGCUUGGCACUUUUUCGACUCAAUUCUAACCUGUUAUAACUCCAAGAAGCCUAAGACGUAUCGGCCUGACGAUGAUGGCGCUACGUCUGUCGUUGGUGCCGACUUUGCCGCCGAGACUCUAACACCAUCCUUGUGCCACAACCAAGAUUUGGUGUCCUUGAAGAUCAGCCUACUGGGUGAUAGCCAGAUUGGGAAGACAAGUUUUUUGGUAAAAUAUGUUGGGAAUGAAAUGGAUGAGGGGAAGAGUGAGCAGACAGGAUUGACCUUGAUGGACAAAACAUUAAUGGUUAGAGGGGCAAGAAUUUCUUAUAGCAUUUGGGAAGUGGAAGGUGAUGAUAAAUCCCAAGAUUUUAUUCCAACAGCUUGCAAGGACUCUGUAGCAAUUCUUUUUAUGUUUGAUCUAACAAGUAGGCGUACUUUAAACAACAUUAUAAGGUGGUAUAGACAAGCACGUAGGUGGAAUCAGACAGCAAUUCCUGUCUUGAUAGGAACGAAGUUUGAUGAUUUCAUCCAACUCCCCAUUGAUAUGCAAUGGGCAAUUGCAAGUGAGGCAAGAGCCUACGCCAAGGCACUGAAUGCUACAUUGUUCUUCUCCAGUGCAACUUACAAUAUCAAUGUCAAUAAGAUCUUCAAAUUCAUCACAGCAAAACUCUUCGACCUGCCGUGGACGAUCGAGCGCAACUUGACGAUUGGAGAGCCUAUAAUCGAUUUCUAGAGUCGGUUUCUUCCACCCUACAUCGCCAAUCUGGUUCUCAAGAAACUCAUGAAACCAUCCAGCAUAGAGAUAAAUCUGACUGUCUACAUUGUUCGACAACUAUAUCCGAUGUAGCGGAGAAAGGCAGAGGCCUGUCGAGCCCCGUCUCCGUAGCAAUUGGAUAAUGUGUAAAUGAAAAACACAUACUUAGAUUUACAGUGUCAUGGGAACUUAGAUUAGGCAUGUCAUUGCAAAUGCAGCUUUGAAUCCCUUCAGAAAGAUUAGUUUUAACUCCAUGUAUAAUCUUGUGAUCAACACCCAACAUCUUCUCUUAGAUGAGAAAAUUUAAGUGUCUCUCAAAUUAGACAGCAGCUAGAUGUCCUUCUUGCUUGAUGUGAUCAAAUAAAGUUUUGUCCUUUAGCUUAAGAAAUCUAGUUAUGGUCAACCAAAAAAAUGUCUUCCUCCCUAAUAGACCACCCUGCUAAGCGACCGGUUUGAAGAAAGGAGAAAUUAUUUGAUAAGGUCAUUAUAAUGUGGCUGAUAGUUUUUCACUAUUGGAUGUAUGAAACAGAAAUACAUCGCAUAUAUUUAGUAGCUAUUCGGAGCCAUGUCGAUUUUUGAAUCCACAUCCAACAGUUAUUAUAAAGUGAUCACAUUGUGGUGACCUCUUUAAA